AUCUAUUUUAUUUACCCUAACCCUAAAACCAUGGCUUAACCCUCAAAAAGUUCUAACUAAAAGUUGUGAGGCCUAGACAAAAUGCUUUUUGGACCUCACAAAUAUAUAAAUACACAUAUUAGUACACAAGCACACAGCUCCAGUGACUAACAUUAAUGUAAUGGUUCAGGAUUUUUUUAAAAUGUGUACACCCCAUUUGCCUAGUAGCCAACAAUUUUGUUCUGCUCUCGCUGACAACAUGGGGGUCACAAAAAAAGCCUCACCCAAUAAAUCCCUGUUGUCUUGGGAGUAUACCUGCUGCUUUACCUCUCCAUCAGACAUCCGUUUGCAACCGGUAACUGAGUUUUGUAUUGCUUUGUAAAGAGAAAAUCUGUGAUUGCACACAGGACUUUUUGAUCUUCCGCUGAGUACAUCAGUAAGUUCAUGUGUGUUAUUUUGUAACUUUGGCGUUUGAAGUCACAAACUUAUUAAAAAGAGGCAGUGGGAGACCAGUAACUUUGGUGUCCCUGUUAGCUAAAAACACUGAUAAUAUUAUGACUGGCCAAAGAAAUGUUAUAACACUAGCUUUAAAUGAUACUGAGACUGUAUUUGUAAGUGAGUUUUUUAGUGAGAGACAAAUAAUACAAUUGCAGAUAUAAAAAAAGCUUAAUAUUUAUUGCUUCUAUAAGUUACUGUAUAUGUGUAACAAUGUCAAUUAUUAUUAUAUGUUUCAUUCCACAGAAUGUAUUUUUGCUGUCCAUUUGUUUUGAGUUGCAGAGAAGAGGUAUGUGACUUUUUCCAUUCCUUAUAUUUGUGUUGUGACUUCCUCAUUUAUGUUUUAUUGUGUAUUCUUGUCGUACAGUAUGUAAACUUAUUUUUAUAAUUCUAUUUUGUUUAAGUUGUCCUUUUUCAAUAAUUACAACAAAGCUCUACUACUUCUACCUCUACUAGUCUUCUGUGUUCUGAAAAAGAUGAUUUAUCUAAGAAUGAUCUAAGAGAUUAAAACCACACCAAGUGAUGCAGCAUUACAUUUGGUUCAGAAGACGGAAGUACACAGUUCCACUUGCUUACGAGAAAAGGACUUUUAUGUGAUGAUAGGCCAAAAAUGUUUGAUUUUGUCUUUUUUUCGACUGACCAGCUGGUGAACCCAACACACACUCGUACACAGUCCUUCCUCCAGUCUGAUAUCUGCUUGUCUGUGUUCCUCUCAGUUUUCUUGCCAGGAGUUUUCAUUGCCAGCAGGGUCGUCUGCUUCUCUCCUGACUCCCUGUUAGCUACUUUAUUGUGCUGGUUGGCUGACUGACUCUGGCUCAUUAUGAGCAGGUGACAAGGACAAGAUGAAGAAGGAAAGCAGAGCGAGGCACGGCUGUUUUACUUACAGAGCACUUUUUAUACGCAAAGGCAGAUUCAAGUACAUAAGGUCUGUUUUCAGUGCCUGCGCUUCCUCUGGCCAUGACCUACCUGAAGAACAUGUUCCCCCAACAGUUUAAGGAGUAAAUCAUGGAGAGGAGAUCAAGUGUCAGUGAAGUUAGCUCACACUUCAUCACCGCUACGUCCUUUUUAUUCCCCACACGUCGGCCACGGUCUGGCUCUGAAGGAAACGACAUAAGUUAUGGACAGGAGUUUAAACGUGGAGGCUCCGAGUAGAAACCUCUCCAUCUCUUCUUCUUCUUCUUCUUCUCCUGCUGCUUCUGUGGAUGAAAAACUGAACAGCUGAUCAGAGUUUUCUUCUCGUCCUCUGCUGCUGCUGCUGCUGCUGCGGCUGUGACUUUUCCCCUGUGUUUCCACAAACUUCUGUGUGCUAGAGUUUCCAGAGCAGCCGCAUCGUAAUCAACUGAAGAAGGGAAAGAGAAGAAGCAGAAACCAGCAGAACUGUCCAGGAUUCACUGGGUGGCGUUUUGGGUUUGGGUCAGUUAAACACCCAGGCUGGACGUGCCUCUCCUCCCCUGGACCACAAUGGGUUCAGACAUACGUGACCUGAACUCCCUGCUGACCCCGCUCCCACCGGGCCCCAGCCCCGGCUGCCCGGCGCUGCCCGUCAGCACGGCCCCACAGUGGGCUCCCGUCCUGGACUUUCACACCACGGCGUCCCCUUACUCCUCCCUGGCCGCCCCCCACAGCUCCCUGGGCUCCCACUCCUUCAUCAAGCAGGAGCCCAGCUGGGGAGCCACCAGUGACCCCCACCACCACGAGGCUGACCCCCACUGUGGCCUCAGCGCCUUCACCGUCCACUUCUCGGGACAGUUCACGGGCACUGGGGCCUGCAGGUAUGGGGCGGCGUUUGGGGCUCCACCGGCACCCAACCAACCCCAACCUGUGACUGCUCCACAUCACCACCAGCCCCCCAGCAGGAUGUUCAGCAACCCACCUUACCUGACCAACUGCAUGGACACGGCGCAGCAGGUGGCCCGCAACCAGACAGGUUACAGUGCAGUUGCAUUUGAUGGAGCCGGUAAUUACGGUCACACUCCCACACACCACAGCUCCCAGUUCUCCAACCACUCCUUCAAACAUGAAGACGCUCUAACUCAGCAGAAUACCAUGAGUGAGCAGCAGUAUCCUGUACCUCCUCCUGUGUAUGGAUGUCACACACCUUCAGACAGCUGUACAGGCAGCCAGGCUCUGCUGCUGAGGAACCCAUACAACAGCGGAGACAAUUUAUAUCAAAUGACCUCUCAGUUGGAGUGUGUGGCAUGGAAUCCUGUCAAUACACUGGCCUCCGCCAUAAAGAGCCACACAGCAGGCUACGACAGUGACCCCAACCCCAUGGUGUACAGCUGCAGCACGCAGUACCGCAUCCACACACACGGAGUCAUCAGGGGCAUUCAGGAUGUGAGACGGGUGCCCAGCAUCGCUCCAGCCAUUGUGCGGUCAGAAACCAGUGAGAAGCGUCCGUUCAUGUGCGCUUACCCCGGCUGCAACAAACGCUACUUCAAGCUGUCUCACCUGCAGAUGCACAGUCGCAAACACACAGGGGAGAAACCGUACCAGUGUGAGGUUGUAGACUGUGGCCGGAGGUUUUCCCGCUCAGACCAGCUCAAACGACACCAGAGGAGACACACAGGAGUUAAACCCUUCGAAUGCGAGACGUGUCAGAGAAAGUUCUCUCGGUCUGACCACCUUAAGACACACACCCGGACUCAUACAGGUAAAACAAGUGAGAAGCCAUUUAACUGUCGGUGGCCAAACUGUCAGAAGAAGUUUGCCCGGAGUGACGAGCUGGUGCGACACCACAACAUGCACCAGAGGAACAUCACCAAGCUGCAGCUGACCAUCUGAGUCCACGUCCCCUCUGUUUGACAACAUCUGCUCAUGUACCUGACGACCUUUGAACCCUGCAAAAUCAAUCUUAAAUUCUAAUAACUAGAUUCCACGCUCUUCUCUGCGUUAAACACAGUACGACUGUGAAACUGUGCCGUGACUCUCCAGGUGAGGCAUUUAAAGGACAUUCUGUGUUUUUUUUUUUAAUUGUGUUUAACAAGUGAUAUGGAACCACUCAAACCCUAACAAUGUGUGAAAUAUGCAGCCUUUCAUUCCCGCGUUGGUGGGCCUCAUUGGUGCGGUGUUGGCUCUCGGUGGAAGACGAGUGGCGUUUGCGUGGAUGACUCGGCACGUUUGUCAGCCGAGUGAGUCUCGGCAUUUUAAACAAUCAGAAAUGUCCAAGGAGUUCUUGUCAUAGACUAGAAGACAAAAGUAUAUGGACACAUUGCACCAACAGGGACUGUAAUACGGAGUUGGUCCCUCCUCUAAAAACAUGCCACGCUCACUUAGUCGAUUAAAUAUCAGUUUCUUCAAGGUGUGUCCCAUUUUUGUGGGGGCAAGAUUUACUACCCCUGUAACUCACUUCCAAGUGGCAAAAGGAUAGAAAACGGGUAAAAUGAGCAACAGGAUUGGGCCUUAGAUUUGUGAAUAAAAAAGAUGACACAAAGUCAGCGGGGAAGGACCGCCACACUCAUGUAAAAAUAGAUUUAAGCCUCUUGAUUAAAUCUGCACCUGCUCAAGUCUGCAACACCUGCCGCUGCUUUAUCUCACCAUUUUUCAGAUGGAGUAAA